AUGUGCAGAGGCAUCGCCAGAGCCAGGAGCCUCGCUCGAACCACCACGCGCAACACCACGUCAUAUGGCUUCGAGGCGCACAUAGUGCCCUCUGCGGACCGCGCACAAGCUCAUGCCGUUAUCAUUGUGCUUUCUUUUGCGCUGGUCACUCGUCAGGUAGUCUCUGCAGCGUCUCAGCUUCAGCUUUCCUGGCACAGUGGAGAAGAAUGGGAAAUUAGCUACUCCAUCCACCACAGUUUCGAUCUGGGAAGCUUGGCCUUCGUAAUAAUGUCGACGCCAUGCUUCGGCACCAGCUCCGGAGAUAGACUGCUUAUUAGCUACAUCAGGCACGCGAGCAACGACCAACGUUGCACUUGCCCUGGGCGAGGCGGCGAGGCGGGCUAUCGCCAGGACCUGAAGGCACAAACAAACAGCAAAGCUGUUCCUGCCUUUCAUUCGAGCUAG